CGUAAUAAAGCGAAGGGUUACGGGACAAGCUGUUUAUCCAACCCGCCGGCCAUCAGACGAGCUACUUUAAUCCCCCCACAAUGCAAGAAAUCCGUGGCAUGCAAAUAACCCGAAAGCAGUAUAGAAUUCAUUAAUGAGCACUAAUUGAACUUUAACAGUGGUUAUUGCAUUUGCAAUGUUGGUACGCAUGGGCCAGAUUCCCGCUAUCAAAUCUCAUGUGAUUAGUACAAAGAUUAAAAAUCCCUUGCCCAGAUGGUCAUCAUCGACUUAACAGUAACGUAAGUCGAUCCAACGUGCCGUUGAUUUUAGCAAAAAUACUUAACUUCGGAAGAGACGAGUCGCCGUUUCCCGCUGCGUCUUGCGUCAACGCGUUCCAAGACACCGAUAGUCCCCUCACAGACACUCGAAGUUCUGUUAUUAUUUUUCGGAAAGCAAGAAUGGCGAGAGUUCUGGAUUUCAUUUCUUCACUCCUAAGCCUGUUGUUCGGGGACAUUUGGAAAGGACUUCUAAUGUCUCUGUUGGGUGUAUUCUCCACGACCUCAAAGAGGGUAAAGCCACACGUUAAGGAGGCUCCUCUCACCGAACGACAAAUUCAACUUAUUCAGGACUCAUGGACACUCGUAGAGAAUCAGAAGCAAGAAGCAGGGAUAAAACUUUUCACAAGAUUAUUUAAGAUCGCACCAUACAUCCGUGACCUGUUUCCGUUUGGGUACGACCCGGCGAGUCCAGGACUCAAGACGCAUGCGCUGGGAGUCAUGGAUACUGUGGAGGUGGCCGUGAGGGGACUGGACGAUCAAGAAAGCUUGGCGCUUAAAUUGGUUGAGCUUGGACAAUUUCAUAAGCGGUUUGGACUAACCAAUCAAGAGUUUGAGCAUGUCGGUUCAGCGCUUCUGUGGACACUCGAGACCAGUCUUGGCGACAAAUUCACGGCGGACACAAAACAAGCAUGGACCGACGCGUAUACUAUUAUACAGGGAGCGAUGGAACAGGGGUUGAAGUGAAUCAUGGCAUAAAGCCACAUUAUAAGAACUCCAUCAAAAAGUAUGAAAAUUAAACGCGAAGCACCAA